GGGGCGUUUAUUGGGGGGGCGGAGUCAUGAUGGGAAGCUGCCCGGGAGUCGUAGGUACCCGGCGUAGCGGCAUUUGAGAUUCGACGGAGGUUCUUCUGGGCAUAACCGUGGCCAUGAAGGAAGAGAAGGACUAUAGGCCUAAGGAGAAGCGAGUAACCCUGUUGACCCCCCAAGGAGCUACAAGCAGCGGCGGCGGGACUUCGGGGGACUACGGCAAAGGGGACGACAAGCAAGAUCGCAAUAAAGAGAAGAAAGAGGCGCUCAGCAAGGUGGUAAUUCGAAGAUUACCUCCCACUUUGACCAAGGAACAGCUUCAGGAACAUCUUCAGCCUAUGCCUGAGCAUGAUUAUUUUGAAUUUUUUUCUAAUGAUACUAGUCUGUAUCCUCAUAUGUAUGCCAGAGCAUACAUCAACUUUAAAAACCAAGAGGACAUUAUUUUGUUCAGGGAUCGGUUUGAUGGUUAUGUAUUCCUUGACAAUAAAGGUCAGGAAUAUCCUGCUAUAGUAGAAUUUGCACCUUUUCAAAAGGCUGCCAAAAAGAAGACUAAGAAAAGAGAUACGAAAGUUGGAACUAUUGAUGAUGAUCCAGAAUAUAGAAAAUUUUUAGAAAGUUAUGCCACAGACAAUGAGAAAAUGACAUCCACUCCAGAGACACUGCUAGAAGAAAUAGAAGCAAAAAACAGAGAAUUAAUAGCUAAAAAGACAACCCCACUUUUGAGCUUCCUGAAAAACAAGCAGAGAAUGAGAGAAGAAAAGAGAGAAGAAAGAAGACGGCGAGAAAUAGAAAGAAAACGGCAAAGGGAAGAAGAGAGAAGAAAGUGGAAGGAAGAAGAGAAACGAAAAAGGAAAGAUAUAGAAAAGCUGAAGAAGAUAGACAGAGUUCCCGAAAGGGAUAAAUUAAGGGAUGAACCAAAGAUAAAGGCUCAAGGCAAAAUUCUUCCUGCAAUGGAUCUCUCCUUUGGUGACCACAAGCUGCUGAAGAAACCAGAGAAGGGAGAUGAAAAAGAAUUGGACAAAAGAGAUAAACCUAAGAAAUUGGACAAAGAGAAUCUGAAUGAUGAGCGAGCCAGUGGGCAAAGCUGUACAUUACCCAAGCGUUCUGAUAUUGAAUAUAAAGAUGAAAAGCCAAAGAGACCUGAAGAUGAGAGCUGCAGAGACUACAGAGACAGGGAUCGGGAUUAUGAACGUGAUCAAGAGCGCAUCCUGAGAGAGAGGGAGAGACUGAAGCGGCAAGAAGAAGAGCGCCGUAGGCAAAAAGAGCGUUAUGAGAAAGAGAAGGCUUUUAAAAGGAAGGAAGAAGAGAUGAAGAAAGAGAAAGAAGCACUGCGGGAUAAAGGAAAGAAGAUUGAAAGCACAGAAUCAAUAAGCAACUCGGAAAAAACUGAAAAGAAAGAGGAAGUGGUUAAGAGGGAUCGCAUAAGAAACAAGGAUCGCCCUGCGAUGCAGCUUUACCAACCAGGAGCUCGAAGCCGAAAUCGACUUUGUCCCCCCGAUGACAGUACCAAGUCUGGAGAUUCAGCAAUAGACAAAAAGCAGGAAAGUGGUAUUAGCCAUAGAAAAGAAGGGGGAGAGGAGUGAUAAGUGUAAAGGGCCCUAGCUAUCCUGACUGUCCAGGCAGCCAAAGAGCACGUAUUAAGGAAGGCAGAAGUGCCCUCAGGGCAAAGGAAUAGAGAAAGAGAAGGGUGUCGCUGUGCUGGUGGGGUACACUGCAGAGGAGUAUGUUUAGAGGUAAAGCAGGAACCCGAUUGCAGGCUCAGAAUUGGAAGUACAGUUUCACUGUUUUUGCAUUUUCUUCAAAUUCAUUGUAAAGUGUCAAACGUAACAAUGAGGACACAUGUUGUGAUUUGCAGGCAGGAAGUGUCAAGUAAGAACUUGAUUGUGUGCAACGCAAGAAAAAAAAAAACAAAAGAGCUGGCUCUAAAAAGGUUAAUCCUGCCUUAAUUUUUCUUAGCUUGAGUGGAGCAGAGUCACUUUGAACUCUUGUUCAAAUCUUGCUAUCUUGCAUUGUUGGUGGUAACUGUUGACUUUGUAUAGUGUAGAAGCAGCAAGCAUGUAAUUGUAGUUCAAGUACAGUGAAGGACUUAACAAAUUCUCACUGCAAAAAUCUAGCUAGUCAUGUUGUAUCUAUAUCCUUUGUCGUAAAACUUUAUGAUGACUUUUCUGUUUGCUUACCUGAGCUUGACAUGAGGAAUAUUCUGAAACAUCUCAGUCUGUCUUCAGCAGUUUUUCUUUUAAUAGGUAAAGCAUAGCCUGUGUUUGGUUCUUGACAGUUCAGUCUUUGUUUUACCUUAGGUCUGGUUCUAAAAGCAUACCCUCUCCAGGAAGGAAACUGCACAAAUAUCUGUUCCUGUUAAAGUAACAGCUUCACGUCUUAACUUAUUUUGUGUUGAUGUUAAUAAAUAUCAGCAGCAU